AGAGGUGGAGAUACAGACUCCGACCCAGACCCGGACGGAGCUGGAGAGCACAGCAGCCGCGGGCCGGUGCUGCUACCAGAACGGAUCCAACUCACUGGGACAGCUCCCUGCUGGGACUUGCGCUCGGAACUCAGCUCCAGCACAAUCUCUAGCAACAGUCACGCCCAAAGGGUCGAGGAGUCAUGGCUCUGGCUGAAUUUGGUCUCCUCACUUGGCUUCGUGAGAGCCGGCAGUCUAGGAAACUAAUCCUUUUUAUAGUAUUUCUUGCUCUCCUCUUGGACAAUAUGCUGCUCACUGUUGUGGUGCCCAUCAUUCCCAGUUACUUAUACAGCAUUAAGCAUGAAAAUAAUGCCACAGAAAUACAAACUGUCAAACCAGAAACUGGGUCUCCCACCUUCAGCAGCAUCUUCUCCUAUUACGACAACUCCACAAUGAUCACUGGAAAUACCACAAAAGCACGUGGACAGGGACAGUCCUAUAAAACAGUGACACAGCAAAUGGUGGUCAAUGCAACCAGCAUCCCAUCUGACUGUCCCAAGGAAGACAAAGACCUGCUUAAUGAAAACGUUCAAGUCGGCUUAUUAUUUGCUUCCAAAGCAACCAUACAACUCCUCACUAACCCUUUCAUAGGGCCAAUGACUAACAGAAUAGGUUACCAGAUCCCAAUGUUUGCAGGAUUCUGUAUAAUGUUUGUGUCUACUAUAAUGUUUGCUUUUUCUAGGAGUUACACAUUACUCCUCAUAGCAAGAUCCUUGCAAGGAGUGGGUUCUUCUUGUUCUUCUGUAGCUGGGAUGGGUAUGCUGGCCAGCGUUUACACAGAUGAUGAAGAAAGAGGCAAUGCCAUAGGAAUUGCCUUGGGAGGACUUGCCUUGGGAGUGCUAGUGGGGCCACCCUUUGGCAGUGUGAUGUAUGAAUUUGUGGGGAAGACGGCUCCUUUCCUGGUUCUGGCUGCCUUAACUCUGCUGGAUGGAGCUAUUCAACUGUUUGUUUUCCAACCAUCCAGGGUUCAACCAGAAAGUCAGAAAGGAACUUCACUAGUCACCCUGUUGAAGGAUCCCUACAUCUUAAUUGCUGCAGGGUCAAUCUGCUUUGCAAACAUGGCUAUUGCAAUGCUUGAACCGGCAUUACCAAUCUGGAUGAUGGAGACCAUGUGUUCCAAGAAGUGGCAGCUGGGCGUUGCUUUCCUACCGGCUAGUAUCUCUUAUCUUAUUGGAACCAAUAUUUUUGGGAUACUUGCACACAAAAUGGGAAGGUGGCUUUGUGCUCUCUUGGGGAUGAUCAUUGUUGGAAUCAGUAUUUUAUGUGUACCAUUUGCAAAAAACAUUUAUGGACUGAUUGCACCAAAUUUUGGAGUUGGUUUUGCUAUCGGAAUGGUGGAUUCCUCAAUGAUGCCUAUCAUGGGCUACCUGGUAGACUUACGCCAUGUCUCUGUCUAUGGGAGUGUAUACGCCAUUGCAGAUGUUGCCUUUUGCAUGGGCUUUGCAUUGGGUCCUUCUGUUGGUGGGGCCAUUGCAAAAGCAAUUGGGUUCCCUUGGCUCAUGACAAUUAUUGGGAUCAUUGACAUUCUCUUUGCCCCUCUCUGCUUUUUCCUUCGAAGUCCACCUGCCAAGGAAGAAAAAAUGGCAAUACUCAUGGAUCAUAACUGCCCAAUAAAAACAAAAAUGUACACACAGAACAACAUUCAGUCAUAUCCUACAGUGGAUGAUGAAGAAUCUGAAAGUGACUGACAACUUCAAAAGCCAUAAAUAUUCUGUGGUAUACAAUGCAGUGUUUCCUGUGAAACAGCUCGUGAAAAAAAAUUGUUUUUUAGUUGUACUGUAUGCUAAUGAUGUAGUUAAGAAACCAAAGGUUAAAUACAUUUCCCUCCCAAUGUUAUGAAAGAUUGCUAACAGCCUUAUAAAGAAAAAGAAGCUUUUCUAGGGGUUUGUAUAAUGUUGAGAAGUUUAUUUUAUGUAUUUAAUUUUAUUAAAUAUUACACAAUAUAUUUUUAUUAAGCUGUAGUAUAAAUCUGUAAAGUUGAUUCAAGUCUAAUUUUUUAAACUUACAUUCCUGAACACUUAGCAAAAAACUCUCUAUUUUUUCUGAACCAUUAUUGAUAAUGUGUGAACAUAUGGCACAUUAUCUAGUUGCAAAAACUAUUCAAUAGCCAAAGAAUAGAACCAAUCCAACAAUUAUUCCAAAAAGAUACCUGAAUGAUAGUGCUAAAUUGUACUUGAACUUGUAAUAUAUACAUACAAGUUAAAAACUGGUUGGGGAAAAUAAAAUGAAAAUUCUUUGUGUUGUCAUUUUUGAAGCUAAGGUUGUUACCAGAAUCUGUGAAUCACUUUUUGGGCAUAUAUGUAAAGUGACAUUGGCAUUACUUUCUCAUGUAACUAGCAUUUGGAGAAAAAGGUAUUAAGAUAAAGUUUUUAUUCAGUAAGAUUUUGAUGGUAAUCAUAAGACUCAACUAAAAAGUAAUUCUGUUAGAGAGGCAAAGAAAAAUAUCAGCAAACAUACACUGGCAUUUAAAAACUUCUGUUAAUGCUUAUUGAACUUUUGUUGGUUUAUCUAAGUCUUUAUGACUUCAUGGAAGGUAUUGUUACGUACGUACUCAACUUACACAGUUCAGAUUGUUCAUCCAGGCACUGACAGAUGAAUUUUUAGUCCAAAAUACUAAACAAACAAACAAAAAAACCACCUUGGAAUGGUAAAUAUUUGCUUUUUAAAAAAAAAAAAAAACUCCAAAACUAACCAAAAUCUCAGAUAUCUUCAAUCUCUUUAGAAUAACACUCUUAUAGCAGUAGGAUGUUAAAUUUUGGGUUGCUUAUCACUUCAGUAUUUUCUAUAUACACAGAAAUAUGUUUAUAUAACUGAUUUGUUUUGGGGGGGAAACCACAGUAAUUUAAAAUGAAGGUGAAAUAAAAAUAGAAAUGAUCUAUGUCCAAAACUCCAUUGUAAUGAAGCAAGCACAAUUAGGUGCAGAUUAGAUUCUAGUCAUAUAUCCAUUUACACAACUGUAAGAAACAAAACCAAGCUAUCUAAUAAGAUUCAACAAGUAUUGACAUUCAUUUCAUGUAGUGUAAUGUGGAAUUUCAUGUGUGAAUUAAAUUAUGUGCCUUUCUUUCAAAGUAACAGCAUAUUUUGUGUAGCAGUGGAGACUUGUUUACAUAUGGUUUUGUAAAAUGUGCAAAAUGUAUUUAGAAUACCGUAUAACAAUGUGUGGCAUACACCUGAAAUGAGGGUAGUGGGAAAUUUUAUAGUUUGGGGAUUAUAAAAACAAAAAAAAAUAUCCAAAUCUUAAAUUACUGGUUGCUAUAAAACUCCAUGUUAUCAAAGGGCAAGUAGUUAAAAAGAAAAACUUAAGUCUGAUCUCAUCACUUCUCAUUCUGUAGAUAGGCAAUUACACUCAUUGCCAUAUUUCUUAUGGAGAUCUUAUAAAGGUGGUUCCAUAAAUUAAAAGUUCAGUUUCAAUCCAAGUAUGCACUGCCAAAGGGCUAUCCAUGUCAUUUCUGAUAUUGUAUAAGAUUGCCCUGGCAAAGCUUGGCUAGAGUUAAAACAAAAGUUCAUCAUAAACUGUACAUGUGUAAAUGGCUAUAAACAAGAAUGGGUCAAAAAAAACCCAUAAACUUUCAUAGAUUACGUAAAAAGCACAAAGACAAGGAAUGAUACUUUUCUUAACAAAACUAGACAACAGGACUUCUGGGGACAGCAGAUGGUCAUUUGAGGAGUAUGAAAAUUUUCAACUAAGAAAGCAAAAGAAUUCAGUUAAUUUAAAAUAAUUCUAUUUCAGGUUAAGACCUAAAAUCUAUCCCUAUGAUUCGAAUUGUUUAUCAAAACAAAAAAAUGCACCAAAUACACAUUUAAACAUCAUAACAUGGAUAAGCAAAAUAUUUCUCUCCCUCUGACUAUAUUUGGAACAAAAGUAGCUAUCAUGACUGUAACUGAUUAAAAAAUUGUGUUAACCAAAGUACAAGAAGCUUACACUGAGGCAGCAGUGCAUGUGUCUUUUGAGGGAACAAGUAUACAUGUGAAAUUCAUGUUUCCUUCAACAAGAAAUAAAUGGGCUCUGAAUUCCA